UGUCCCUGGCAAGCUGAGACAGUUCGUGUUGGACCUUCACUCUGGAAAGCUACACCGAGAGUUCCACCAUGGUCCUGACCCCACAGACAGCACGCCUGGACAGGAGGAGACGGGAGAAGUGGCCAGCAGCCCACCAGAGAGCUCGUUCCAGAAGCUGGCGCCCAGCGAGACUCGUUACACCAUCCUCAGUAGGGACCGCGAUGAGCUGUGA